AUGGAGACAUAUCACGGCUUUGUGCGGACACCCGCGGACGCCAUCAAGCUCUUUGAGGCCUGCAGACUCGGUCUCCUGCCUCGCGUUCAACGCAGAUUAUCAGAGAAGGAACGCCAAUCUAUUCGAUCCGGCUCAGUAUUUGUAUGGGACGAGCGGGAAGCGGGCAUGCGGAGGUGGACCGACGGAAAGUCAUGGAGCGCCAGCCGAGUCUCUGGUAGCUUCCUUACCUACCGCGAAAUGGAGGGCAAGCGUGGCAGCGGCUUCGGCGGCGGUAGACGGGGUGCUGGCAAGACGCCCGACUCUGGCCGCGGUAGCGACGAGGACCAGGAAGACGGCGAGCCUGAGGGCUACCGAUACAAGGCGGACGGUUUGAUGAAGCAGUCUUUCAGCAUCACCACCUCCACCGGCCAGCACCUCCACCUCAUAUCUUACUACUCCAGACCACACCCUGGAUCACCAGAGCUCCAGCAACCCAGCACCGACGCUCAGCUCAGACACAUUACCCCCAUGAAGGGAAUGUACCCCGAGUCCAGCCUCCACGACAGUAAUCCUACUCCCGCUCUCACAAGAGGGCCGAUGCUGCAACAGACUCCCUACAUGGCACAGCAGCACCCUCAACAGCCAAUGCCUCAAGCCUACCCUCCGCAGUAUGCACAGCAAACGGGCUACUCGUGGCCUCCCUCGCCGGUGGCAACACCUCCUUAUAGCCACUACACCACAUCUCCGUAUCCGCCUCAACAGCCGCCGCAACAUCAGCUGCCGCCUCCUCAAGUAUCACACUCGCCGGCUCAACAACCGCACUACGUGCAUGCGCCUCCGCUCCACCAUCUGUCUCCUUACGACCGGGCACCUCUCCCGCCGCCGACCGUCCAGAAGCCUCUGGCGCCCUACGCUCCUCAACACCCGUCGCCUCGCCUGGCGCAGAUCCAACAACCGCAGCACCAGUCGCCUCGCUUGGCCUCUAUUCAACAGUCGCGUGCCUCCGAGUCCCCUCGCAUCUCCCACCUGCAGGCUCAAGCCGCGCAGGCGGUAAUGAUCGACCCCAGACUCGGUCCCCGCAACCCUAAUACUCUGCCGGGGAUCAACGCCGUCUCCAGCGCUCCUUCCGCCAGUCACCCGAUCACACACACUCCUCCCAACAGGACGUUGUCUGUCUCGCCUCCCAGAAGUGCGCAUUCCGAUGCCAACGGUGUGGCGCCUCUUCCCAACAAGGCCAGCCUGUCUGCUCUUCUGCUGCAUCCUACCCCUUCGAGUUCCGAGCCCAGCAGUGCCAACGGCGGUGUAAACAGUGCCACCAGCUCUCCGCGGACAGGUGGCGCCCUCGGUGGUCUCCCGCCGCCAAUUGAUCGUUCGGCCAACAUGAGCCACGACGUUAAGGCGCUCCAAGCUCUGGACCGCAAGUUCUGCAUCUAG